AUGUCAGAUUGGGCUGACGACUUCUCCCCGAACACCGUGUGGGCACUCAGGACUCAGCAGUGGCAGAUGUAUAAGGUUGGAGACAGGGUGAAGAUGCAGCCUGAAAAGGCCCUCAACGGACAGUUUCAUGCUGUGACAUCGGUUUGCACUAAUGCAACAGCGUACUUGCAGCUGGAUUUUCAUGGCCUGCAAAAAGAUGACAUUGCGCCCUUGGUCUCCCGGGGAGACCUUAGCACCAUGCGUGCCGCUGGCGAGUACACCGGCUUCGUGCCAGACAUGCAGCGCCGACAGCUCAUGAACUUUGUGCUGGUGACCACAGCUGGCAUCCCUGUCCUGGUGGCCUUGGGCUGCUACCUUUGGUACUUCGUGCCUCCUGUGUCAGGUGGUGGCGGAGGAGCACAGCUUGCUGGAGACGUGGAUGGCAAUCCUGUCGCCCUGGAGUCUUGGGUGAAGAGCCACAAGGACAACGACCGUGAGCUGGUGCAGGGACUGAAGGGUGAGCCCUACUACCUCAUCUCCACCCCAGACAACAUCAAGGACUUUGCGCUUCUGUCCGUGUGCACUCACCUUGGCUGCGUGGUGCCUUGGAACAAGGCUGCCAACAAGUUCUGCUGCCCUUGCCACGGAUCCCAGUACGAUGAGAAUGGCAAGGUUGUACGUGGCCCUGCUCCACUUUCCUUGGCCUUGGCUCACACCACUACCCUGAACGGCAACUUGGCAUUGAGCCCUUGGACUGAGCAGGACUUCCGCACCGGCGAGGACCCUUGGUGGAAGUGA